UUCAAGAUGGCGAGCGACUGAUCUGGAGGAAUCUUCCCGCUAAAAUCGAUGAUCUCAAUAUGGCAGAGAGGAAACUUACAGACGCACAAAAGGCUCGUAUUGAGAGGAAUCGCCAAAGGGCGUUGAUGCUUCGCAAUGCAAGGCUUUCCAAUCGACCUUAUCCAGAAAUGAAAUUGCGAGAUGGCGAUGCAUCCAAGGCUAACAGUAGCAGUGAGGCCUCUGCGACAAUAUCUCGUGUUGUUGAUACAGGGGGUGGGUUUUUAUUAGACCCGGAGGAAGAUGAAAGCCAAGGAGAGAGAAAUAAUCUUGUUAGAGAACCAGCACCCAUUCUCUAUGGAGAUCAGCUGCAUUGCCUUGAAUGCCAAAAAGAAUUCCUGACAUCAUACAUCUACAAACACUUCGAGGUUUAUGUUUGUGAUAAUUGUAGAGACCCUGAUGAAAAGCAUUCACUAAUAACAAAGACAGAAGCUAAGGAGCAAUUUCUCUUAAAAGACUGUGACUUGGACAAGAGAGAGCCGCCUUUGAAAUUCAUUUUAAAAAAGAAUCCACAUAGCUCCAGGGGAGAAAUGAAACUCUAUCUAAAAUCGCAGAUUGUUGAACGUGCUUUUGAGGUGUGGGGAGGAGAGGAUGGUCUUGAAGAAGCUAGACAGGGCAGAGCAGAGAAGAGAGAAGUUCAAAAACAAAGAAAAUUUGACAAGAAAGUUAAAGAACUUCGUCGUGCAGUAAGAACAAGCACAUGGAAGAAAGAUACUAGUAGACACCAGCAUCAGUUUGAGGAAGAAGAAGAAUAUAAUGAGGAAACUGAUGAAUGGACAAAAACAUGCAAGACAUGUGGUUAUCAAUUGACUUAUGAAAAGAUGUGAGACAAACAAAGAAUGAAACAAUGUAUUUAUUUCCUCACUAUACAUGUAUAAAAAUCUAAUUUAUUUCAGCUUUAUUACGCUGUAAAUGUUUUAAGUAUUGUCGAUUCAUAUACAUUGCAUUCCAAGACUGAGUUUAAGGUCUUGAAAUAAUAGGUUAGCUUGUAGGCAAAUGAAUAGAGUAUGUUGAAUUCGCGACCCUUAAGGGUGAAGGGAAUUGGGUUUGAUCUAUAAGUUGCAAUCAUAAACUUCAAAUGCAAUGUAUUAUUUGAACAGGACUAGUCAAAAAUGAUAGAAAAAUGUGAGUCCAUUGCAAUACAUAAUGUUUUUUUAUGUUGCUCAAAGGAAAAAUGUAAUGUGUCAACUUGACCCUACAGAAUUCUGGUUGAUAUUAUAAACUAAAAAAAAAAAAAGGAGAUUUAUACUAUCAUUUCAUUGUUUCCAAGUGAUCUUUUACUAUUGCUACAAUACUUGUAACUUCAGCCAUUGCUCCAAUACCUAAAAUAUGUAAAAAAAAGAUGGCAAAUUACAUGACUCAACAUGUAUUUUUUGCUUAUAAUUUUCCAUUUACCAGUAUUUGAGAAAAAUUGUUGCAGAGUUCCUGAGAGCUUGAUUGACUGGCUGACUUAUAUUAUAGACAGAGACACUAACAGAAUAAUAGAAUAAGUAUAACUCAGGUUCUAGGAACAAAUUCAUGUUUUACAGAAGAAAAACAUCAGGUAUAUACAUGGAACAGUCCAAAUAAAUCUUACCAGUAUCCUUGCAUGCCAGAGUCUUUUUGAUUGGUGGGACAUAUGUAUAUCCUAAGUUAAUUAGCCGUUCAACCUGCUCAGAGGUGAUUGGGUGUUCCCACAUUAGAGUGUUCAUUGCUGGGCAGAACAGUAAAGGUUUCUUAAGAUCCCAUGCACGGACUAUGCAGGUCUGGUAAUAAGCAAAAGAAUAUGUUGUCAGCAAUGGCUAAGUUUGCUAAGUGAGUUGAAAGUUAAAGGUUUGAACUCACCAAGAGGUUGUCGCACAAACCAUUUGCCAUUUUGGCCAUAGUGUUGGCAUCAAGUGGUGCAAUAACCAAAAUGUCAGCCCAACGUCGCAGCUACUGGAAAGUGAUA